AUGACAGACGACGAGAGUCCCAAGCUCGAGGCUGUUGCCAACCUCAGCCCCGUCUCGCCGCGCCCUCUCCAUAACACAUACACUCUCCCACAGGUCCUCCCAGAGCUCCAGGACCUGGCCGAAGACCCAGACGUAGUCCCCCUCCAACUCUCAACCUUCCGCACCGCUGCUGCGGCCAUGGCUCCGAUCCAAGACCAGCAACAGCAGACCCUCGACCCUGCUGCUGCUGCUGCUGCUGCUACUGCGGCGGGCCCACCCGACUCGGACGGCAACGACGCCCAGUUGCAAGACAUCAGCAUAGCCGACGACGACAGCUUCGAUGCGUACGACGAGGACGGGGCCGGUCAAGAAGAGCAGGAACACCAGCAGCAGGAGGACACAGCCGGCGUCGAGGAGCCGGAGAACGAUGACUAUGCGAGAACCUUUGAUUCUCCCAAGGAACAGGCCGAUGUCGCGGAUGGGCAAGGAGAGGCCCAACAACCCCAGCAUGAAGAUGUAACAAAGACGCCAGAAUCCAUGAACAUUUCCGAGCAGCUUGCAGGUGUCCCAGAGCAGUCUGCCGCCCAAAUUGUCUCUGCUGAAGAUCCCACCGGCCCCGGCAUAUCCGCCGCCCAAGCCUCCCAACCCUCCCAGCCAGCCCAGCCAGCCCACGCCGCAGACCCGGCCCAAGACGCCCUCGUCCCCCCAGAGAGCGAUCACCAGUCCGCACCAGCCUCAGCAGUCCAAGAGGCGCCCCCACAUGCCGCCGCCAGCGACCCUGCCAGCCUUCUCCAACAGCCCCAGCAGCCCCAGCAGCCGGUGGCAUGUCCCGAUCCCGACAAGGUAGACCCCGAUAACCCCGAUAAGCUAGACAGGGCUGCCCCCAGCGAAGAGCAGCAGCCCGGCGUCCAGCCCGAGGACGUCGACAUGAACGAGGGAGAUGAUCCCGAUGCCACUGCCAUUGAUAUCCAGAAACUUGUCGAUGAGAUCACUGCCAAAGCCGCGGCCGAGGCUGAGGCUGAGGCUGAGGCUGAUGCUGAGGCUUCACCCGAGCAGCAGCAGCCGCCGCCUGCCAAGCCAUCCCCAUCGCUCCAGACCCAGUCACCUCCCUCUAUGGAUGUAGACCAGCCGUCCCUCCCCCCCAAGCCCUCCCUGACCCAAGAGCAGUCGGAGCAGACCUACUCCCAGCCUUCCUACCACCAUGGUUCAGUGCCCACCACCGCCCCAUCUUAUUCAUCUGCGCCCGCUGCCAAUCCCUCCCAGCCCGCCUUCAGCGCCCCCAACGGCGCACCAGGUGCCCACAUGUCGCAGCCUCCCGCUUACAACCCCACUCCCUCUUUUGCCUCGUACCCCAAUGCCUACCCGCCUGGCACCGCGCCCCCACAAGCCCCUGCAAACAAUGGAGGACCCGGACUGCAGCAGACAUAUGACGAGUUCCUGGCCGACGAGCGGAAGCACAUGUCCGAGGCCAAGUGGGAACGCUUCCCUGAUGGCUCUCGGAUCUUCAUAGGGAACUUGUCCCAGGAGAGGGUCUCCAAGCGCGAUGUGUUUGAACUGUUCCACCACUACGGUCGACUGGCCCAGAUUUCUCUCAAGUCUGCCUACGGCUUCGUCCAGUACCACACGAGUAGCGAUGCCCAGGCCGCCAUGAAUGCUCUCCAGGGAGCCGAGGUCAAGGGUCGCAAGAUCAACCUCGAGGUCUCCAAGACCCAGAAGUCCAAGAAGGACCGCGACCAUUCUCCUGACCGCAAAAACCGUGACCGGGGCGGUAAGGGCGCCGACCGAUAUGACGGGCGCGACAGCCGCCGUUCUCGUGGGGACGAUUAUCGCCCUGGUCGGUCACCGUCUCCACCCAGGCGUGGUGACCACCGCGGUAGACAGGACUCUUACAAUCGCGACCGUGGUGGUGGUGGUGGUGGCCACCAUGAAUCAUUCAACCGAAAACGCUCGCGUUCUCCAGACGCCUAUGGGAGACACGGACACGAUGCGUACAGGCGCCGGAGCCCCAGCCCCUACGGCCGGUCUCGCCAAGGGAGCGAUAACCUCGACAUCCCUCGUCGCUACGGCAACGACGUACCCGAUGUUCAGAUCCUCUUGAUGCAGGAUGUCCACAAGGACUUUGUUGAGUGGGUGCAGAGAGCGUUUUUGGACGCACGUCUUAGAGUGACUGCGAUGUUCCUGAACCCUCGCUUCCCUCGCGACCAGGUCAUCCAGCGACAGGUUGUGGAAGGCGUCCAUGCUGUUGUCGAACUGGACAUGCGCGCUCAGACGACUGCAAAGAUCCCGCUCCAGGUGUUUGACCGCUCCGCCGGAAGCAACGUCCGGUUCGAUCAGUACCAGGAGUUGGACCCACCGAUCGCCGCCCAGCUGGUCCUGCGUGCCAAGGGCUCCGUCGCACCGCAGCCAGCCUAUCCGCUGCAACCCAGCUACCCACCGCAGCAACCGUAUGGGGCGCCGGCACCGUAUGGUGCUUACCAGCAGCCUCCAACCCCAGCGCAGCAGUAUCCUGCUCCCGCUGCCGCUCCAGACCUGACGGCCAUCAUGGCCCAGCUCAGCCAGAUGGGCAAUGUCGACCCUGCGACCCUGCAGACCAUCAUAAGUACCAUCCAGCAAUCUCAGCCGCAGACACCUACUGCGGCCGUGCACCCUGCUCACCCGAUGGGAGCACCAGCUGCACCGAGCGCUGGGGUUGAUCUCAAUGCGUUGAUCGGUAACCUCACCGCAGCCUCCGCUGCCAAUAAUACCCAGACUGCAAUGGGGGUUCCUGGCAUGCCGGGUUAUCCUGCGCCUGCCUACCCACAGGCUCCUCGCGGACCGGCCAUGCCGCCUGCCGCAGGGUCAUCAGAUCCCGCCCGUGAUGUGCAGAACAUCAUGGACACACUGGCCAGGAUUAGACAAUGA